UAACGCAUGUAUAGUUAAGCAUAAUAUUCAAAUCAAAAAUAGCUAAGGAAUGAUUGUAAGCUAGACUUGGAAUUUUAACAAUGUGUUAUUUGAUAGUAACCGGUGGAAGUCUGGUAUGGUUUCUUUUAACUCUAAUAGCUGAUAUGUUUGUGAUAUCUGCCAUAGUUACGCCCAAAUGGCUAAUUGCGCCCGCUCCUCAUUCGUUUAAUAUACCACGGAUUAUAUUGGAUGUAAAGCUGGAGCAACAAAAUGAGAUUGUACAACCUACCAAGUCAUUGCGUUAUUCGUCGGUUGGUAUUUAUACACGAUGUAAAACUAUGAAAGAUGUUGGCUUUCAUUGUGGACCCUUUGAUUUGGAUGGGUUUGCGACGGAUAGUGAAAUUUAUCCUACAGCCUGGAAGGCCACCAUGUUCUUCAUAUCGUUGGGCUUUGUUUUAUUAACCCUGACUGUUUUGUGCACUUUGUUUUCUUGUUGUCGACAGUCGGUUUUUGGCAAAAGUAUACAUAAUAUGACUGCCUGUGCACAGGUUAUAGCAGGUAUAAGUGUAAUGAUGAGUUUAUUUUUGCAUCCUUUGGGUUGGUCAGCCCCACGUGUCCAUCUAUUAUGUGGUCCCGAUGCUGAGCCUUUCUAUGCUGCUGGUUGUUCUAUAGCAGGCAUAUCAUUUUAUUGUGCGGUAGCUGGUGCAGUUCUAUGCUUUUUAUGUGCUGGCAUAAGUUUGAAAGCCGAAUCAUCAAAUAUGCGGUCACGCGUAAAAAGACGCGUGGAAGAGGGUGAUCGGCUUGUGUGUAUUCCAUAGAAUUUAAGAUUAGAAUAAUGAGUCACAACAUCAAUAACAUCACAUAUAACAAAGCACAUAAAGUGAUCAUUAUGAUUUAUAAUCUGUAUUAUUAUUAUUAUUAUUUUACACCAGUACUUAAUUUGUAUAUACAUUUGUACUUAUAAAUAUUAAAAAUGGUGCCAAAAGUACUAUACAAUAAAAAUGUA